AUGCACUACACCCAGCUCAUCGGCAGCCUUUUUCUGCUGCCAUGCAUUCUCUCGGCAUCGGCUUGUGUUACGCCAAACCCAACUCCAGCCGCAUUCACGAACUUUAACGAUAACAUUUUCUUCUUUCCCGCUGCCAACGCCGUCAAUUGGAAGACUCUCUACGCACGCUCUCUCCAGCUACCAGAUGAAUCUCUCCUGAUGACAUGGGAGAACUAUCCAGCAGAACCUCCCUUGGUCAACCACCCCAUCUACAAGUCGGUGGACGGCGGUGCAACUUGGUCCAACUUCUCCGCCAUCAAAGACCAGGUCAACGGUUGGGGCAUGCGCUUCCAGCCUUUCUUGUACACUCUGCCUCAAGCGUUCGGUGGAUAUCCCGCGGGUACAUUACUUGCUGCAGGCGUUUCCGCCCCAUUCAGUCUGCAAGGUGGAGUCUACAUUGAUCUCUACGUCAGUCAGGACAGUGCAAAAACCUGGAACUUUGUCAGUCACAUCGCCUACGGGAACGGUCCCGAGGAUAUCACCACUGGCCAUGCAGCGAUCUGGGAACCCUUUCUCAUGAUGUACAGCGGCUCACUGGUGUGCUACUUCUCUGAUCAACGCGAUUCAGCACAUUCCCAAAAGCUUGUCCACGUUACCACCACUGAUCUCCAUACCUGGUCUGCCGCAGUCGACGACGUCUCCUAUUCUGCAAAAAAUGAUCGGCCGGGCAUGACCACCGUCGCAUACAUCGCGUCCAAGCAGCAAUAUAUCAUGACAUACGAGUACUGCGGUACAGCAAAGUGUGCAGUGUAUUACAAGACCGCCCCCAAUCCGCUCAACUUCAACUCGGCGACAGGCAUUGCGCUGGUCGGGAACGAUACCAGCAAGACCGUACCUAAGGGCUCCCCUUAUGUCAUCUGGACGCCUAACCCAGCAAAGACAGACGGCUCAGGCGUAAUCAUUGCCAGCAGCGGCUCUCUUGAACCAGUCCUCAUUAAUGACGAUAGUGCUAGCCCGCAAGGGUGGAAGGUGGUCAAUGUGGGCCAGUGGUCGGCUUACUCGCGCAGCUUGAGGAUCAUCACCGUGCAAGGCAAGAAGAAGUUGUUGUUUGGCAACGGAGGCAACAUGGGGGACCCAAACUGCAACUCUGUAGCUAACGGUGUCAUUGAGGUUCCCUAUUAG